AUGAAGAAUCUUCAUAUCCUAAUUCCACUUUUUUUGCCUACCUUAUUUCUCUUCUCAUUCUCCUUAUCUCUUGUGCUAUCUUUUUCCCCUUCUCAUACUCAUCUUCAAAACCACUGCCUUGAUGACCAAAGAUCUGCUCUGCUACAAUUGCACCAUGAUCUGUACUAUGCCCCCAAUUUUACUUUCUCUUCCAAAGCUGAGCUUUGGGAUCUCAACACUGAUUGUUGCUUUUGGAAAGGAAUUACAUGUGAUGCUAUUGGUCAUGUGAUUGGGAUUGAUCUCAGUUAUAGAAACCUUUCAGGCAGCUUUUACUCCAUUUUCAAUCUCCAUCAUCUUCAACUCCUUAAUCUUGCUGGAAACAAUUUUAAUACCACUUUGUUUCAAUAUGAGUUUGAUAAACUCCCAAAUCUAACUCAUCUCAACCUUUCAAACUCAUGUUUCCAUGGCCAAAUUCCAAUGGAGAUUUCACAGUUAACAAGGUUAGUCUCUCUUGAUCUAUCUAAUCAAGAUUCUUGCUAUCUAAGAUACCCACUGCCUUCUGUAUUUAAACAACCUCUUAAACUAGAAAACCCAGACUUCAAGACAUUCAUCCAAAAUUUGAAGCCACUUACAGAGCUCUACUUGGAUAGUGUGUAUAUUUCAACUCAAAGUACUAAAUGGUGCGAAGCAACAUCCACGGUUCUUCGUAACCUGCAUGUGUUAAGUUUGUCAAAUUGUGGUUUGACAGGUCCAUUUUGCUCUUCACUCUUAAGACUUCCUUUUCUUUCUAACCUUUUCCUUGCUGGGAAUCCCAUCUCUUAUUUGCCUCCCAAUUUCUUGAAAAUCAAAUCUCCUUUGGUUUCUCUCAGUUUAGUGAGUUGCAAUUUGAGUAGGUAUUUUCCAACAGAAAUUCUCUUGUUGCCAAAAAUGAAAAGCAUUGACAUUUCAGAAAAUUACGCUCUUGGAGGUCAGUUGCCAGAAUUUCCAUUAAACAAUGCUUUACAGAUCUUAACGAUUUCUUCUACAAAUUUCAGUGGCAAACUACCAGAAUCAAUUGGUAAUCUCAAAUUCUUGACAAAUUUAGAUCUCAAUGGUUGCAAUUUCUUUGGACAAAUUCCAUCAUCAAUUGCAAAUCUUACUAACCUUGUGAAACUGGAUAUAUCCUAUAACAAUUUCAAUGGUUUUAUCCCUGCAUUUCAUAGAUCUGGAGUUCCAAAUCUUGCAUAUCUAUAUUUGCAGGGGAACCACCUCUCUGGAUCAAUACAUUCUUCUUUAUUUGCUCUCCCAUCAUUGCAGGCCUUGGAUCUCAGUGAAAAUCAAUUGUUUGGUGAAAUUGAUGAGUCCCUCAAUGCAUCUUCUUCAUUGAUUGAAACAUUGUAUUUAGGCUACAAUAGCUUUAGUUCCAUGAAGCUUGACAUGUUCUUCCAACUCAAGAACUUAAGGCGUCUUGACCUUUCCAAUAUGAGCUUAUCAAUUGAAAGCAAUAUCACAAGCCUGACUUUUCCCCAAUUAGAGGAGCUAGACCUAAGUUCAUGCAACUUUACUGAAUUUCCAGAAUUCAUCAAAACACAAGACAAGUUGGCUUCUCUAGAUCUCUCUAACAACCAAAUCCAUGGUUUUGUGCCUAAUUGGUUGUGGAAGACCACUCUUUCAUGGUUAGACAUUUCUUUUAAUGCGAUUGACUUUCCAAAAGAGAUUCCUUUUGGUGACGCAAAUUCCUCUUUUCCAAUGUUGAGUAGUUUAGAAUAUCUUGACCUUUCAAAUAACAAAAUAAGUGGUGCAGUACCAAACUGGGUGUGGAAGAAAAGUUUGUGGCAUCUGGAUCUUUCUAACAAUUCUCUCUCAUCUUUGGACCAAUUUUCACUAAUCCAAUCUCAAACUUCUUCACAAGGCUUUUUAGCAAGAUCUAUUUGCAAUUUGAGUCAACUUGAGAGGUUUAAUGCGUCCUUUAACAAAUUAAGCGGGCCAAUCCCAAGUUGCUUGGGCAAUAUCAGUACUCUCAGCUAUUUGGAUCUAAAAAAUAAUAAUUUCAGCGGCAGCAUACCAGAUUUUGCAAAAGCAACCCAAUUAAUUUUGCUUCAACUCAAUGACAAUAUAUUGGAAGGGAAGUUGCCAAGGUCAUUAGCCAAUUGCACAAUGCUCAAAGUUUUAAACCUUGGAAACAAUACUCUGUAUGACACAUUCCCUUUAUGGUUGGGAAAAUUGCCUUGGUUGGUGGUUCUUAUAUUGCGAGUAAAUAGGUUUUAUGGUCCAAUUAAAAAUGUGAAAAAAAAUUUUCAAGACUUAGAUGUUCUAGACAUUGCUUUCAAUAAUUUUUCUGGUCAAUUACCAGUUCAAUAA